ACACCAUAGAGAUCUUUAAGGGGUAAGCUGGACCGGACGCCUACUUGGGCCGUCGCCGGAGUCUGUGCUGUUAUCAUCAUCAUCUCUUUGAUUUUGGAGAAGGUCCUGCACAAAGUUGGAACGUGGCUUUCAGAGAGGCACAAGAGAGGUCUGUUUGAAGCUCUGGAGAAGGUUAAAGCGGAGCUCAUGAUUCUGGGUUUUAUUUCACUAAUCCUGACCUUCGGUCAAAGUUACAUUGCCAAAAUCUGUAUUCCGCUUAAGGUUGCAAACACUAUGCUGCCAUGUAGUCAAUCUUCAACUGCUUCGGAAGAUGAAGAAUCAACAAGUCGCAGAAGACUCUUAUCGACUGACCGCCGAUUUUUAGCUGCUGCAACUACUACUUCAUGCAAUAGUGGUUUUGAGCCACUGAUCUCUAUUAAUGGAUUGCACCAAUUGCACAUCCUCAUAUUCUUCUUGGCUAUCUUUCACGUAGCAUACAGUGCUAUCACAAUGCUUCUUGGGAGGCUAAAGAUUCGAGGAUGGAAGGCAUGGGAGGCUGAGACUUCAUCGCAUAGCUAUGAGUUCUCAAAUGUAAUGGAGAGAGGGUUUCAAAUACAAAUGCAGUAGAAUCUACUGGAAAAGAAAAGAAAAGGAGAGAUUUGAUCUACAAAAAGCACUUUUGGCUGCUCUUUUCAAUGCUCCUGAGAGACCCAAGGAGCCGGAGC